AUGCGGCUCCUUGCACCGCUCCUUGAAGUGUGGCUGCUUCAAGUGCAGCGCCUUCAUGGCGAGAGGGCCGAGACAACAGACGCGCCCGGUGGUCUCGUAAUCUGCAGGGAUUUGCGAGAGCCGCGGCGGAUCCGGGAAAGCGGGCGCGCGACGGCGCCGGCCACCGACAUCCGGGAGCUCUUGUGGCCCAUGCCACGCGCAGUUGCCCUACAACAGCAGGGACGCAGCGUGGCAGAUUCGGAGCUCAGCGGCCUCCAGCCACUUCGUGUCGACCCGUGCACGAUGGCAUUCAACUUGACAGGAGUUCGUGAAGAAAGAGCGGCUGCGCUGUGGUCCUUAGGGCACUUUUGCUGGCGGCUGUGCACGGCUGCAGAAGACACAGCAACUGUCGCAGAUUCCGAAGCCUGCAGGCUGAACGGCUCUGCUGUCACAGUCGAUGUCGAAAUCAAGAGCUCUCAAGGAAGCUCCGGUUCGGGCUUGGAUGUGCACAUGGAGGAGAAGUACCAGCUCCUCUUUGCUGGCGUUGCCAAGCUGUCCGCUGCAUCCAUCCACGGCUUUCGACGUGGCCUCGAGACUUUGUUGCAGGUGGUGGAGGCCCUCUCUGGCGAGAGUCGCUCUUGGACUUGGGCUCCGGGCUUCUCGAAUAGCGUCCCAGUCGAUCUCUGGAUCGAAGACAUCCCAAGAUUUCCUUGGAGGGGCCUGCUCUUGGACACUGCUCGCCACUUCGCUCCAAUCCAGGUGAUGGAAUCUUUGCUUUUCAGCAUGGCAGCGAGUAAGCUCAAUGUGCUCCACUGGCAUGUGACAGAUGCCAUGAGCUUCCCCCUGCAGCUCGAGUCCUUGCCACAGCUUGCGCAGCUGGGUUCCUUUUCAGCAAGCAAGACCUACACACAUGCGGAUGUGAGGCACAUUGUUGCCUUGGCCGCGAACCUCUCCAUUCGAAUCGUCCCAGAGCUGGAUAUGCCCGCUCACACUGCCAGCUGGAUCUUCGGCGAGCCGGAGACAGUUUCGAACUGCACGCACGUCCUACCGCAGGACCCAAACGAUGCCAAGAAUCGUUUCAAAGCCAGGGACAAGCUGGCAUUGGACAUCUCAUCAAAGCGGACCAAGAAGGUUGUGUCUGCAAUUCUCAAAGAAAUGGCUGGCCUGUUCCCGGACGAGUUCUUUCACGUGGGAGGAGACGAGGUGGAUUUUCGAUGUUGGACAACCAUGCCGCACAUCGCGGCCUGGAUGCGGAAGAAAGGAUUGGGGGCCUCCCAGGCUCUGCAGAACUUCUUCGAGCACGUCUUCCAAGAGGUAAAGCGCUUGGGCAAGCGUCCAAUCGUCUGGCAAGAUGCCUUCGACCAGGGUCUCCGGCUGCCCAAGGAGGCAGUGGUGCAGCCGUGGAAGUGCUGGGGCAGCGUGGGCCCAGGAAUGCCCUUGUGGCCCCAGGCGGAGCCGGAAGCGCAGAUCGGCCACGCCUCGGCCUUCGCCGCCACUUCCAUGGGCUUCUCGACUGUGCAGAGCAGUUGCUGGUACCUGGACUGGAACUCCCAGUGGACGGACUUCUACAAUCACACGGCCGAUGAAGGCUGCUUGGAGGCCGUCGGCGCAGCCCGUCAUGGCCUUGGCAGGGUCCGGGUCGAGUGCUCGAGAGGCGAGACGGCACUCUGGAGCGAGCUGAUUGACUUCACCAACCUGAACUGCCGCGCGUGGCCUCGGGCCGCUGCGGUGGCCGAACGCCUCUGGUCCGAGAUGCCAGGCUCCUUCAGCAGCGACGAGGCCGAGGUGGAGCGGCGCUUGGCAAGACACAGCAGCCGGCUUCAUCGACAGGGGGUGGCAUUAAGGCCGCUCACAACGUCCCACGAGGAUUGGUUUGAGGCAGACUUUGCCUUGACCCACAAACGCAGGAAUACGGAAUGA